UUCGUGUCGGCGGGAAGUCGCGGGCCGCGCGGCGCUGGGAAGCGGGCGGAGGCAGAAUGGUGAAGCUGACGGCGGAGCUGAUCGAGCAGGCGGCGCAGUACACGAACGCCGUGAGGGACAGGGAGCUGGACCUUCGAGGUUAUAAAAUUCCUGUCAUUGAAAAUCUAGGUGCUACCUUAGACCAGUUUGAUGCUAUUGAUUUUUCUGACAAUGAAAUCAGGAAACUAGAUGGUUUCCCUCUGUUGAGAAGACUGAAAACAUUAUUGGUGAACAACAACAGAAUAUGCCGUAUAGGUGAGGGACUUGAUCAGUCUCUACCCUGUUUGACAGAACUCAUCCUUACUAACAACAGUCUUGUGGAACUGGGUGAUCUCGACCCCUUGGCAUCUCUCAAAUCAUUGACUUAUCUAAGUAUUUUAAGAAAUCCUGUAACAAAUAAGAAGCAUUACAGACUAUAUGUAAUUUAUAAAGUUCCACAAGUCAGAGUACUGGACUUCCAGAAAGUGAAACUAAAAGAGCGUCAGGAAGCAGAGAAAAUGUUCAAGGGCAAACGGGGUGCACAACUUGCAAAGGAUAUUGCCAGGAGAAGCAAAACUUUUAAUCCAGGUGCUGGUUUGCCAACUGAUAAAAAAAAAGGUGGGCCAUCUCCAGGGGAUGUAGAAGCAAUUAAGAAUGCUAUAGCAAAUGCAUCGACUCUGGCUGAAGUGGAGCGGCUGAAGGGGCUGCUGCAGUCUGGUCAGAUACCCGGCAGAGAGCGUAGAUCAGGACCCACUGAUAAUGGUGAAGAGGAGAUGGAAGAAGACACCAUCACAAACAUGUCUUGAGCAGUGUGGCUUAGACAUAUAGAGGAUGUGGAAUAAUGCUGUUGGAACACAAGUGUCUUUCCUUUUGAACAUGAGAUCAUCUUAUUUCUAUCUGUGAAGUGGAAUUCAUAAGCAUUGAUGAAAUGCACAAAAUUGCUGGUCGUUUUGUAAUGUAAAUUUUGAAAUCUAAAUGAAAGUUUUCUACAUAAGUCAAAUUACAACAAAGUAUUUUAAUUGUACAACAUAAAAUUAAAGGACAUUCACUGUAAUACCAAA